CAGCCUAGUGCCCAGUCCUCUAAUACCAUCCCCCCUGAUUCAUCCUUCUGCCUUGGUCGGUGACUUUCGAUCGACUCCUGAGACAGGGGACUUUUAUGACCUAUAAUCGAGGCUUACACCGCUGUCGCACAGUCAGACCCUAUCUACCAGUCAGCGUCCAUUAAACUCACCGCCAGACGCAUAGUUAGCAUGGGAUUGACGCUCAACAUUGGACUAAGGCGUCAACAGGCACAAAAGAAACAGGAGGCGAGACUCAUCAUAUGCUUUAUGAGGUGAUUGUGUACCAAAUUUAUCCAUUCUCGCGACAUAUCUACCUAGGGAACACGUCUCAUUGGGUCACUAGUCCUCUGUUUCAGAACUCGCAUUCAAGGACCUGUCCAAGCACGUGAAGGGAUUCAUUAGCCGAGCACUCGUCGCCGUACGAGCUUCUGCUCAUUCUUACUCUCUAUUUUGUCUUUGAUGUCGUGAUUUUGUGCCCGGUCCGUGAUGUCGUCAGCCAUGGAAUCCUCGGCCGUAUCAAACGAUGUGCACCCUACGGGCGAGACCGCGAAAGACCAGGAAAGCUCAAUUCCGCAAUUGGAUACUCUUAUCUCGCAUCUCGUCGCAGCGAAGCGAUCGCUAUCUUCUAUCAGCCAUGUCUGGCGAGCCAAUGAGAUAGUCACUGCCGCUCGUUCCGCAUUGGAGGAAAGUGUCAUAGUCUCCGCACGUACAGGCUUUCUUCGACGUGGGCUCAAUAACCAGCUCCGCCUUCUCUACAGCGUUCGGUCCGAGGUGGAAGAGAUAUCUCUCCGAGGUCGAUCGGAGUUUGCCAGCGUUUUGAAGGAUCUGGACGCAGCUGAUGCCCGUCUCAAAAAGACCCUCGGUCUCUUACGAGAGACAAUCGUUCAUUCUUCCUUCCGGCCGAAUGGAGAAGACCAGAAAAGCUUACAUGAUUUUGUUGACGAACGUGGUGUUGAUGAGCUUCAUGCGGCGCUAAAGGCUUCAAUCGACCGUACCAACGCUGCUCAAGCGGAGCUGGAUUCUUCCAACUAUGCUUUUGACGAUGAGCUUCAGUCGAUCAAGAAAGCCCUAGGCAACUACCGGGAGGCUACGAAAUUAGCCUCCUCCCGCUCCUCGUCCUCUUCAUCGCCGUCUGCCUCAAGUUCUAGCUUACCUAGCCUGUCAUCCAUGCCAUCCAUGCUGCAUUCGCUGGAAAUGCAUGCGCAGGAAAUGGCCAAUCUGCUAGAGUCGUUGGUGCGGCACUUCGACCUCUGCGUCACUGCCGUCAAGCAUACGGAAGGCGGAGGUGCUGCAGCACAAAACAUCACUGGUGAUAUGCCGGCUGGUGUUAAUGUCAGCGGCCGGGGUGGCCCUAACAUUGAAGAAGAAAUUAACGCUCAUGUAAAUGCCCCUCUAGAUCCUUUGAGCGAGUCUGGAUAUCUGGAGAUGGUCAACGUACUCAUGAAGGAUGCUGCUGAGGCGGAGGAUGUUGUGAUGGAGAUCCAGGAUCGCAUUGGCGAGAUGGAAUCUGUUCUGGAAAGUCUGGUCUGUAACCGGGAUAGUCUAUUUUCCAUUUACAAUGCGACGACGGACGUCUUUGGUCACAUCUCGUCGCUAGCUUCAGCGCGUCUACCCGGUUAUAUUGCCCAGGCACACAAUUUCACGCGUGUAUGGAGCGAGGAGCAUGAACGGAUCGACGGCGGUCUUUCGGACCUCUCGGACCUUAAUUCACUAUAUGAUGGCUUCCUGGAAGCCUACGACAGCCUCAUCCUGGAAGUGUCGCGGCGAAGACAUGUACGGCAACGUGUUGAGAAAGUGCUACGUGAUGCGAAGCACAAGCUGGACCAGCUCUAUGAGGAGGACGUCAAUGCUCGCGAAGCAUUCCGAGUGGAGCAAGGUGACUACUUGCCCUCGGAUAUCUGGCCUGGCAUUGGUCGUGAACCCAUGCGGAUCGAGUUCCGACGCAUCCUCGGCGGCCAUGUAAAGACUGGAGAUGGAGAGCCAUCUGAGGCAGGCCAGUCUAGCGAUGAGCAGCGCCCAUCAGCAGCUGAAGAGCCUAUCGUCGAUGAUGAAGUGAUCCCUGACCUACCAAAGUCAACCGUUGAGCAAGCUCUCGCUCGCUUGCAGGCAAGGAGCAAGCAAAUCGGCUAGUCAUUGACAGCUCGUCGACAAAUCUCCAG